AGUUGAGGUUAGAGGAUGACAAACAGGAUGAUAAAUGAAAACACACUGACAACAUAUAUAAAGACCCUGGUACCUCUGCUAAGACAUCCUACUUCUGAACCUCGUGUGAUCAGUACCAGCAUCAAGAUGGCAUCAAGUCUUUGCUUCAUUGUGCUCCUCUGUCUGACCAGUGGACUGUGGAUUGGAGCUGAUGCAGACUCUUGCAGCACCAGGUGCCCUAGUGGUUGGAGUAGCUACAGAGGUCGCUGUUACCUAUUCAUUAACGCAAACUAUGACUGGACUUCUGCAGAGCGUUAUUGCAUACAGUACACCAGAGGAAACCUGGCCUCAGUCCAUAACGUUUAUGAGUACAACUUCCUCCGACGGCUUGUUUACAUCAAGACACAUUCAUACAGAUCAGCUUGGCUUGGAGGCUACGAUGCCGUGAGGAACAAUUACUGGAUGUGGAGUGACGGUUCAAAGUGGAACUACAGUCCCUUUUCCAGGGGGCAGCCUAACAAUGCUGCAGGAGGACAGAGUUGCAUGGAGAUCAAUCACAGAGGACACUACGUCAACGAUGCCAAAUGCUGUGAAAGGAAAGCCUUCAUUUGUGCCAGGAACCCAUAACUGUACUCUUCAUAUCUGACACUUCUGACGUGAUGAUCGUUCAUUUCCACUGAUCAUGUCCCUUCCAGCAUAAUGUCAAGCCUCGAUGGCAUCAUUGCUAGAAGAUAAAUACACUAAUCAAAUCUCACAACUGUCAAUAAUUGCUCCCUUUCUGCUCUUAUGUUCUUUUCAUAUUACUUCAGUUAAUAAAUAUCUAUCCUGCAGAGCAA